GGCGUUCCUCAGUAUUUCUGACACGAACACGGCGCGGGAGAGUUUGGCUGAAGUAACUGGAAAUGUUACGUAUAAAUACAAAUUCAUAUUUGACAGGAAUAUAAAGCCUGCGAGUUAUCAAAGCUUUUUUGAGAAGUUUAAAGUGCAUGAAUGAAAUCCACAGACAGACAACGGGUUAUUCAAACAUUCAGCGCCGUGAGCUGCAAACGUGUGUUUUGUUCAUCAAUACAAAUGAAAAGAAGCCGUAAUGGGUGACAGGACUCUACCUAAAUGGAUGAAUAACAAACCUCAGGAUGAACACACAUCAGGAACUUAUAAAAAGAAUGUUUUGGAGGAUCAUCUACCGUAUCUGGAAUUUGGUGGAACAGUCGUAUACAGCCAGGAAAGACACGACUGUUCUUUUUUAUCAGAGGAUUUAAGAUCUGCUUUGUCGUCUGGCUCAGCGGUGGGAUUUGAUCUGGAAUGGCCACCAAGCUUCACCAAGGGGAAGACAAAGAAAGUGGCAAUGGUGCAGCUGUGUGCAUCUGAGGACAAAUGCUAUUUGUUUCACAUCUCCUCCAUGUCAGGGUUUCCUCCUGGCCUGAAGAUGUUUCUAGAGGAUGAGAACAUCAUGAAAGUUGGCGUGGGAAUUGAGGGUGACAAAUGGAAGUUAUUGUCUGAUUAUGACAUCAAGUUAAAGAAUAUCGUUGAUCUCUCUGAUCUGGCAAAUGAGAAGCUGAGAUGUUGUGAGAAGUGGAGUUUGGAUGGCCUUGUGAAGCACUUGUUGAAGAAGCAGCUCUUUAAGGACAAACUGGUACGCUGUAGUCACUGGGAUGAUUUUAGUCUGACAGAAGACCAGAAGAGAUAUGCUGCAACAGAUGCUUACGCUGGAUUGCUCAUUUAUCAGAAACUACAGGAAAUGAUAUCUGGUUGCUCAGGAUCCUCAGCACCCAGUUUGAAAGAGAGAGUGUUAAAAAUUGCUUGUGAUCUAAAAGAUCUGGCUGAUCAUAUUCCCAAUGAACUUGACUGCACAGACGGUGCUGGGAGACUAGUGGAUGAUCUGUCUCAAACUCUUACAUCUCUAAGAUGUGUUUUGUCAAAUGCCAACAAGCCUACUGAACAAUUAGUUGAAGAAAAGCCUUCUCCAGGACUUAUUCUCGACGACACCAGUUCUCACCAUGAGGGCGUCCCCACAACUGAAGAGCAGAGCCACAGUCAGUGUGUGGAAAACCCUGGCAGACCUCCCCAGAGAGAGUGUGCGAUGUCUCUGGAUAUCUCCGAGUACGAGCUGCAGAUGCUGGAGGAACAGGCCAGACAGGAGCAGCUGGAGGAGGAGUGUAUCUUAGCUUUCCAGACUCAACACGCAUCGGGUCCCCAGGAUUUAAAUGCGACAGAGAGCGAUGAAGAGUUUGAUGAUGAAAUGAUGAAGUGUGCAGAUGACAUAGAAAAAAUAAACAAUGCACAGAUGCCUCAGUCUGGUGCCGAAGACGAAGAUGAAGAUGUUGAGGAGAACGAGGAAGAAGGGCUAGAUUCAAGCAUUCCACAGCCAGUUCCUGAACAAAUCAAAUGUCUGAAAAUGUUCUUUGGACAUCACAGUUUCAAACCUGUUCAGUGGAAAGUGAUUCAGUCUAUUCUCACAGAGAGGAGAGAUAAUCUUGUCGUCAUGGCAACAGGUUAUGGGAAGAGUUUGUGCUUCCAGUUUCCUCCUGUUUACUGCCAGACAAUCAGUGUGGUCAUUUCACCACUCAUCGCCCUCAUGGAGGAUCAAGUGCUUCAGCUCACGAUGUCAAACAUUCCUGCUUGUUUUCUUGGAUCUGCUCAGACCAAAAACCUAAAUGAGCAAGUGAAGAGGGGGGAUUUCAGAGUGGUGUACAUGACCCCUGAGUUCUGCUCGGGGAACAUUCCUCUGCUAGUGCAGCUCGACAGGACUGUUGGCUUAUCACUGAUUGCGGUUGAUGAGGCUCAUUGCAUUUCUCAGUGGGGUCAUGAUUUCAGAAGUGCGUAUCGGGAGUUGGGCAAACUCAAGAAAAAUCUCCCCACUGUCCCUUUUUUGGCACUCACGGCUACCGCAAGUCCAUCUAUCCGUGACGACAUCAUUAAGAGUCUUCAUCUGAUCAAUCCCAUGAUUACCUGUACUUCAUUUGACCGACCAAACCUUUACUUGGAUGUCAAUCGCAAGUCCGGGGACGUCAUCCAAGACCUCAAACGAUUUCUUGUUAAAAAGAAAGGGGGUGGUUAUGAGUUUGAGGGCUCUGCCAUUGUGUACUGUCCAUCAAAGAAAGAGGCAGAGCGUGUGACAACAGCACUAUUCAAGCUGGACAUCCCAUGUGGAGUUUAUCACGCUGGUCUGAGCAUCAAACAGAGGAGAGAGACUCAGCACCAGUUCAUGAGGGAUGAGAUUCAGUGUGUGGUGGCCACAGUGGCGUUUGGGAUGGGCAUCAAUAAAUCUGACAUCAGGAAGGUCAUCCAUUAUGGGGCUCCCAAAGAAAUGGAGUCCUACUAUCAGGAGAUUGGCAGGGCUGGUAGAGACGGGCUGCCCAGUGCCUGUCACGUCUUAUGGAUGCCCGGAGAUAUGGCGCUGAAUAAAUUCAUUCUCAACCAAUCCAAAAGUGAGCGCUUCAGGAGUUACAAAAUAGACAUGAUGGCAAAAAUGGAAAAGUAUCUGAAUUCAACCAAAUGUAGAAGAAAGUUGAUUUUGUGUCAUUUUGAAGACAAGCGUCUCAGGAAAGUGACGUCUGGAAUUCUGGGAAGCAGUCAAUGUUGCGAUAACUGCCGGUCAGGUGUGAAUGAAGAGGAUCUAGAGGUGCUGCAGCAGGACUUUGGCUUGUGUGCAUAUCAGUUGAUGAAGGCCAUCAGUGUUAUGGAGGAGAGGUUUGGCAUCACAGCGCCCAUCCUCUUCCUGCGUGGUUCAUGUUCUCAGCGGGUUCCAGAACGCUUUCGGAAGCACUCUCUCUUUGGUAUUGGCAGGGACGUCUCAGAAACUUGGUGGAAAGCUCUUGGCCGAGAACUUAUUGCUGAGAAAUAUCUGAUGGAAGUCACAGGCCACAGCAAGUUCACCACUCUCUGUAAAAUCACAACUAAGGGAAGAUCAUGGCUGAGUAAAGCUGAAGAUGAGAAGCACAGACAGCUUUUGCUGCAGCCCAACAGAGAUCUGUUCAGCAGAGUGUGUGCUCCGCGGAGAAAAGCAGAUCCAGCACAAGUUGAACCUACAGUUUCUAACCUGCAGUCACCUCACAUACGGCCCUCUCUUGUUACAUUUCAGAGGACAAAGCUUGGUUCUGAAUCCCCUCAGAUUGUGAAGAAAGGAGAUUUGCCUUCUAGGUCAGCAGCCAGACAAACACAGAUUCAAACUGAUGUCAGAGCCCAAACUCCAGGAGCCUCUGCUAAAGAAAUUCAGCUACAGUCUGAGCUGUAUGGUAAGCUGGUGUCUGAGCGUCAGAAGUUAGCUAGUAUCAGAGACAUCCCACCAGCUCUGCUGGCCACCAAUAAAAUUCUUCUGGACAUGUCAAAAUUAAGGCCCUGCACGAUGUCCAGCUUGAAACAGGUGGAUGGAGUUUCAGAAGCAAAAGCAGCCAUGUUAACACCUCUCAUAGAUAUCAUCGCCAAAUUCUGCCAGACACACGGAUUACAGGUGGAUGUUUCCUCCAACUCUGCUUCAUCUGUCCAAACACACUCCUGUCGUGAAUCAGUUGUAGGAUCUGUGGCUCAGUGUCUGCCGGACAGCAUCUCCAUCACAUACAGCCUCUUCCAGACAGAGCACAAGAGCUUGAGGCAGGUAUCAGAUGCUCGCUCUCUGCCCAUAGCGGUGGUGGAGUCUCAUCUUCUGCAAGCUCAGAAAAUGGGCUGCGCUGUGGACACUGACAGAGCAGGACUCUCAACAUCCAUCAUGAACACCAUCAGAAAAAACACAGCCGGCUCAGAUUUGUGUGAUUUUAAAGCAGUCCGUUCUCGUGUCCCUGAAGAUAUUAGUAACUUUCUCCUGAGGUUGGCCAUUUAUGAACUCCAGAAAGAAGCUUCAUCCACAACACGUCAUGAAAUCAGCUGGAUUGAGCCACUGGACAAAUCAACUACUGCAACCAGACUAGCAGAAAAACCUGUGUGUGAAGAGCGACAGCAAGAGCCAGACGCCAUAGACACCAGUGAAGAUGAUAUCUUUAUCAGUAUUCCCAUGCCUCAGGAAGAACCCUGCUUGGGGAGUGAUGUACCUCUGAAGUCACAUGAGCCAGUUCCUCAGAGCAGUGGAAUGGAGCUGGCUUCCUGGAACCAGGAUAACCUGGAUAAGGACACACAAGAUCUCUUCAGCGAUUCCCCUGUGAAGACUGUGAGUCAGCCUGCAAAGAGAAAACUGCCUGACUGGACUGCAGGACCUACAACAUCAGUAACGACUACAUCGGAAAAGAGAACCAAAAAGAAGAAAGGACUUUUCAGUUGACAGUCUUAUCUUACUGAGCAGUUUAUUGUUUUUGUUGAUAUUUUGUACAUUUUCUAAUUAGUUUUUGUCAAUGGCCUAAGAGGGCGUCACGUUAUUUGUCUUUAAUUGUUCUCAAGGCUCUUGUUAAAAGUGAAGGGGGACCAGCAGCUUGAUGUCUGCCGCCAGCUUGAACUCUUCCUAGUAUUUUUCAGAUUUCUCACAGCCCACACACUAGUCAGGGAGUCUUUCUCAAUUUGUGCGUAUCGUGUUUCUACUUCCGUGAGCAGCCCGAAGCUGUAUGCUACUGCUGUCCACCUGUCGUUGUGGAAGCACUUCUCAAAGACUUCAAAAAACGAAGAUUUUGGAAGUGUGGGCGGAGGACUUUAUACAGUAAGUCAUUCAUUCUUGGACAUUAAAGUCUCUGACCAUGGACAAUUUUUGAAAGUUGGGAAAGUUUUUUGCCAAAGAGAAGAUUUUCAAAAACAAACGAAAAGCUAUGAGUUACUUUACUUCAUAAACCCGUUUUAACCUGCAACUAUUAACAUCAUUUCUAUUAUGUCCAUAGUUCCUUAAAUUAAUCAUUUAAAGGCAAUGGGUUUGCUCACUUUUUUAAAGUAAGCUAAUCAAUUUAAAAGCAAACAAGUUUAAUCACUUAAGUAAAUUGAACCUUUCUCUUUAUACAGUGUAAAUGUGUCUUUACGGUGCCCGGGAGAGCUUAACGUGCUGCGAUUUAAGAAAACAUGCAAUUACAAAAAAGCCAGCAAAUUAAGAAUCAGUUUGACAGACAUUUUAUGAAAAUGCACUGCAUUUUCACACGACCCAAUCAAUUAAUAAAAUGAGUUGCAUUUCACACAACGCAAAAAAUAAAAUGUGCAUUGUAUUUCCUCACAAUGCAAACAUUAAUGAAAACGCACUGCAUUUCCACACAACGCAAACAAUUAUUAAAACUCUGCCUUUUUCUCACAACGCAAACAUUUUACAAAACACGUUGCAUUUUCACACAACACAAACAAUUAAUUAAAUUUGCUAAAUUUUAACACAACAGAAUGGAAAUGUUUUAAGGAAACCCUAAAAUGUUAUUUAGGCCAAUUAAUACUAAAUACAAAAUAAAAUGAACAAACAAAAAACUCAUGGAUCAAAGAUCACCUACAACUUCACUGAGCCCUAGUCACGGCACAGCGCUUUAUUAAUUUGAUUGCGUUGUAAAAAAAAAAAAAGAAACGGGUUUUAUUAUUGUGUUUGCGUUGUGAGGAUUGUCAAAUGGAUGACGAUCAUUUCUUAAUUCACUAGCGUUUUUUGUAAUUGCAUGUGUUUUCUUAAAUUGCUGCACGUUAAGUUCUCUUGGCCUCCGUACAUUUUACUUCAUACAGUGAAAAAGUAAAUUGGCAUCUUACUAUUGCUUGCUUGAACUGAAGCAAGACAUUUACAGAGCUACUCUGUGUAAAUAGGUGCAAAAUAAAAGUCAAAAGGCCCAGUGUUGCCUAUAGAAACCCACAUAUCCUGUCUCAUCGCGUACACAACAGCGAGUCUUCGAUAAGCUUGGCAGAUUUCUGAUGUUUCCAUCAUCACCUUCCCUAAAACCUCUCAGUGUUUUUUAGCAAGACAUUUUGCUUCUGCAACUUACCUGAUGCUGCUAAAAUAUUUUCUAUGUCAAUACUUGACUAGUUUUUGUCUCAAAACGCAAACAUUUUAUGAAGACACGCUGCAUUUUCACAACGCAAACAAUUAAUAAACGCGGCAUUUCACACAACGCAAACAAUAAAAUGUGCGGUAUUUUUUCACAACGCAAACAUUUUACAAAAACGCACUGCAUUUUCACACAACGCAAACAACUAUUAAAACGCACUGCAUUUUCUCACAACGCAAACAACUAUUAAAACGCACUGCAUUUUCUCACAACGCAAACAAUAAAUAAAACGCACUGCAUUUCACACAACGCAAACAAUCAAAUGUGCAGCACUUUUUCACAACGCAAACAUUUUACAAAAACGCACUGCAUUUUCACACAACGCAAGCAACUAUUAAAACACACUGUAUUUUUUUACAACGCAAACAUUUUACGAAAAUGCACUGCAUUCUCACAACGCAAACAGUUAUUAAAACGCACUGCAUUUCACACAACGCAAACAAUCAAAUGUGCAGCACUUUUUCACAACGCAAACAUUUUACGAAAACGCGUUGCAUUUUCACGCAAUGCAAACAAUUAUUAAAGACGCUGCGCUUUCUCACAACGCAAAUUUUUAUGACUAUCACUGCAUUUUCACACACCUAAAACACUGAGACAUUUUGCUUCUGCAACUCACCUGAUGCUGCUAAAAACCUAUCUAUGUCAAUACUUGACCGGUGUUGCACAACUCCAAAUUAUUUUGUGUUAACCUUGGUAACCAGUGUACAUUAUUGUUUUGUAUAAAAAAUAACAAAAAUAUAAGUAAUUGAAGAAAUG